GCAUCACCUUGGAAAGGGGCAGAGGGCGCCUGUUCUGGAGUGUUUGUUCUGGAACAGGAACCCCUUCUGAAUCCCCCCCUAUUGACAGCUUUGGGAUAAUUUUGGGACAACAUUGACCUGUGGUACUGCUCAAGUGUGUGGACAAAGGCAGAUACCAUGUCUGACACUGACGAGAUGACCAUCAAUCUUCUCUUGGUCGGAAGGACCCAAAGUGGCAAAAGUGCUUCUGGGAAUAGCCUUCUGGGCAGCUUUGACUUUGACAGCCAUCUAUCCCCAAGCUCUGUGACCACAUGCUGCCGUCUCGGAUGCAGCUGCCGCAUCUCAGGCUUCACACGCCGAAAUGGCCAUGAGCUAGCCCUGCGGGUUCACGUGAUGGACACUCCAGGGUAUCCUCACAGCAGCCUGAGCAAAGAAGAAGUGCAGCAAGCAGUGAGGGCAGCUCUGGCUCAGCACUUCGGAGAUGAGGGCCUUCACCUAGCACUCUUGGUCCUGAGAGCUGACUUGCCUCUUUGUGAGGAAGAAAGUCACACAAUUCAGCUAGUCCAGGAACUUCUGGGUCCCACAUGGAAAAACUUCACUGCAAUUCUAUUUACGCAUGCAGACAAAGUAGAAGAGGCAGGAUUAAAUGGAGACAAAUACUUGCAUAUUGCCUCUGAUACCCUGUUAAACCUUUUGAGCUCAAUACAACAGAGAUACAUUUUUGUAGACAACCAGGCAAACACACUCCAAGAGGAAAGAAAAACAAUCUUAAGAAAAAUCAUGGAAUUUAUAAGACAAAAUAGUUACCAGGUGCUUCUAGUUAAAUAAAUGGAUGGUGACAAACAAAUUAUCUCUCAGGUACUCAUUUACUGACAGCCAUCUUCUUUUCUACUUUGGGAUAAAAUGACAUGCAGAGACGAGGACUCUAGAAGUCAGCACUUAGUGCUUGGGGUAUUCAUGCCCAAAUCAACAUUUGCAUUUCACUUAUCAUAAAAUAGAUGAAAACUGUUUAGACUACAAAAUUAGUUACCAUAAGCAUGUAUAGUAUGCCUAUCACUCUACUAUCUAACAGCCAUUAAUUAUCACACCAGAUCAUGGAUUCAGGUUGAAUUCUGGACAGCGUCCCUAUUACUGUGUUUACAAAUAUUACACCACAGACCAUUACAUUUUAUAUUGUAGCUCACAAAGAGCAGGUUACUGAGUAGAAAAUAAGAAUAUGUAUGCUCUAAACCAUUAUAGUGUUGCUGUGCAUUAUUGAAUAGCUACCACAUCCUGCCUGAAUUGCCUGCCCUUCAGAUUCUUAUUUUUUGCACUUGAUUCUACAAUCUUUACUAACAUAUAUGUUAGAUCUUACAGUUUGAAAGUCUCAUACUCUAAUCUAUUUUUCCCACCUUGAUUCAUAAUGAAUCCUAAUUUAAACAGUUUUAACUUCUUAAAGAAUAUCAGACCUCAUUGGCUGUUUAAAUAGCUCCCAUGUUUUGAAGAUUAUUCAGAGUAUUUGGAAGAACUAAUUAUUGCUGCUAGUUCCCAGAUGCAUGCAAAAUUAGUACU